CCGUUGUUCGUCACGUGGAAGAUAGGACGGGAUCGACGUCUGAGAGGUUGUAUCGGAACCUUCAAUGCAAUGAAUUUGCAUUUAGGACUGCGAGAGUACGCGAUGACGAGCGCCUUCAAAGACAGUCGUUUCAGUCCAAUCACUCGCGAAGAGUUGUCUAAACUUCACGUUUCGGUUUCGAUUCUUCGCCACUUCGAGGAUGGACUCAAUUACAGCGAUUGGGAGAUCGGUAUUCAUGGCAUCAGAAUUGAAUUCGUCACUGAGAAGGGAUCCAAACGCACCGCCACUUAUCUGCCAGAAGUAGCUCCAGAACAGGGUUGGGAUCGGAUCCAAACGAUCGACUCUUUGCUACGAAAGGGUGGGUAUAAAGGGAUGAUCACAAACGAUGUGCGCCUAUCCAUACGUCUGACCCGUUAUCAGAGCGAGAAGAUGACCGUCAGUUACCAGGAAUACAGAGACCACUUCUGCACCAAACGUUGUUAACAACGACUUUGUUUUAGUCCAUCUUUAGAACUAAAGCAAUUUCUUUUCGAUAUAACCAUAUAAUGAUAUAAAUGCUAAUAAUAACGAGUAAUUCAAAUAAAUGUGUCAAUCAUUAUGUAUUUGAGUCGUAAACGGCGCCCAAUAGACAAGUGCAGCGCUGAUUGGCUGAGCGCUACAUCUGUUUAUUGUCUAUCCAUAGAAGUAUUGAAUUGAAUGGAGAAAAAUGGUUGAAAUGUCGUAACACUCGACUCAACACAAACACAAUCUAUUAUUUUUGUAUUCAUUUAAUUCAUUCACUAAUUAUUACAUCUAUUAUACAAUAUAUUAUAUAUUAUACAAUACCUUUCAGUUUGAGUUAUCUAUCAAUAUAUAUAUAAAUAUCUAUAAAUAAGUAU